AUGAAGGCCCUCGUCUUCGAGACGGCAACCCGCACCGCCUCGGUCAAGGAGGUGCCCCGCCCCGUGCCGGGCCCCGGCGAGGUGCUCGUGCGCGUGCACGCCGUGGCCCUCAACCCCGUCGACCAGAUUCACUUUGCGGGGCCCAUCGCCGCGCAGACCGAGCGCGUCAUGGGCACCGACUUUGCGGGCGUCGUGGUCGACUGCGGGCCUGCCACCGCGAGCUCAAGCGAGCACGAGAACGGAGACAGGGACGAGGACGCGAGGACCGUGGAGGGGGCGCGCGUCGCUGGGUUUGUUCAAGGAGCUUCAUCUGCCAACGACAGGCCCGGUGCGUUCGCCGAAUACGUGGUUGCGCCGUAUGACCUCCUCUGGACGAUCCCCGAGGGGCUCUCCUUUGAGGAGGCGUCCACCAUCAGCAUGUGCGGCCUCACCGCCGCGCAGGCCCUGUUCCCUCGCUUCGGACUGCCCAGCACCUUUUCCAGCUCCUCCCCCUCUCCAUCCCUCUCGGAGCUCCUCCCUCAACACGCAACCCCAGUGCCAAACAACGACUCGUCAUCGCUAUCGUCAGCAUCGUCAGCAUCACCCAUCAGCAUCUUCAUAUACGGCGCCUCCACCUCCCUCGGCAUGUUCGCCGCACAGCUCGCGCACGUCGCCGCCCGCGCGUCCGGCCGACCUCUGCGCCUCAUCGGCGCGGCGAGCGUGUCCCGCCACGGCACGUUGCGGGCGGCGCCGUAUGGGUACGACGUGCUGGUGGACUACCGCGACGCGUACUGGGUGGACAAAGUGCGCGCGGCGACGCCGGGUAGUAGGGGCGUGGACUACGCGCUCGAUGCCAUCUCGGAACGGGAUACGGUGGCGAGGGUGCACGACACGCUGGCCGAGGGCGGCAAGUAUCAUGUCUUUCGUGGGCCCGAGGGGGGCAAGUAUGAUACCAAGGGGUUGGCGGUCCAGCCGGUGUAUGGUGCGGUGUGGGAGGGUUUGGGCGUGGAGAUUGACUAUGGUGGCGGCCUCAUCUUCCCGGCCAGCCCCGAGGCGAGACGCUUUGCCGUCGACUUUUUCCGGUUUCUGAGCUCGGGCGCCAAGGCAGGCGAACAGGUGAAGCUGCACCCGAAUCCGGUGCGCAGGAUGCCCGGUGGGCUGGAGCGCAUCGUGCCGGAUGGCUUUGCCCUACUGUCCGGCCUGGUGUCGGAGCGGGGGCAGGGGCGCGGGCUGCCACGGCGGGACGAGGAAGGGGAGAAGGAGUACAUGCGGCCGAUUAGCGGCGAGAAGUUGGUUUAUGCCAUUGCGUGA